AUGACAGGUUGUGGCUGUAUUCUUUCUGUGCCUCUGAUUUUUGAGCCUUCACAAAGGUUUGCACGGAGACAGCGUAGACACCUGCAGGUAGCUUCUUCCUAUUCCCUGACCCUGUCUGUCACGGUGAUUCUGGGAGUGCAGCACAGAGAGUGUCACGUGUUGGCUGCAAUGGUAUAUGACCACUAUGUUGCCAUCUGUAGCCCAUUGCUUUUCAAUGUCACCAUGUCUUCUAGAGUCUGCUGCUGGAUAGUAGUUGGGGUGUCCAGCAUGGGGUUUAUUGGUGCCACAGCUCACACAGUCUGCAUGCUGAGAGUGAUUUUCUGCAAGGCUGAAGUGAUAAACCAUUACUUCUGUGACCUUUUCCCACUAUUGGAGCUCUCCUGCUCCAGCACUUUAAUCAAUGAGAGAGUGGUUCUGUGUUUAAGUGCUUUCAACAUUCUCCUCCCAGCCUUGACCAUUCUCAGUUCCUAUAUCUUCAUCAUCGCCAGCAUCCUCCGCAUUCGCUCUACUGCAGGCAAGUCCAAAGCUUUCAGCACCUGCAGCUCCCACCUCUCAGCAGUUGCUGUGUUCUUUGGUUCUGCUCCAUUCAUGUACCUGCAACCCUCAUCAGUCAGCUCCAUGAACCAAGCAAAACUGUCCUCUCUGUUUUAUGCUACUCUUCUGCCUAUCCUGAACCCCCUGAUCUACAGCCUGAGGAAUAAGGAUGCAAAAGGUGCCUUAAAGAAAUUCUUCCUAAAAAUCAAGUUGAGAAAAACAAUUUUUACUUUGAGCUCCACAGCUUUAACAGUCCGAUCCAGUGUGUCCUUGCCACGGCUGCUGGCGGGCCCCCAGCUGGUUUCUAACUCUGUGAAUUUGCCUAUUCUGAAUCAAACAAGUGGAUUCUGA